AUGGACUCAAUUAUUGCUGAGCAGCCUUCUGGCGGCUUUGUUUACGACAACUGUUUUAGAAAUGAACGGUUAAUCAAGACCACAGAUCUCCCCUUACGCAUGAGGAAAACUGGCACUACGCUCGCCGGCGUUAUUUACAAAGACGGUGUCGUUCUAGGUGCGGAUACUCGCGCUACGGAGGGCUCCAUUAUAUCUGAGAAGUCUUGUGAAAAAAUACACUACAUUGCCAACAACAUUUAUUGUUGUGGCGCAGGCACUGCCGCUGAUACCCACAUGGUCACUCGCAUGGUUUCAUCCCAAAUAGAGCUUCACCGCCUUAACACAGGCAGAAGACCUCGAGUCAUAACUGCCCUUCGUUUAUUAAAACAACAUCUUUUUAAAUACCAGGGCCAUGUUGGUGCUGCAUGCAUUAUUGGCGGUGUAGACAGCUUCGGUCCCCACCUUUAUAGUGUAGCGCCACACGGUUCAAGCGAUGCGUUGCCGUACGUGACUAUGGGCAGCGGCUGUCUGGCGGCUUUAUCCAAAGAGGAGGCCAUGCAGCUGGUAAAGCAGGCUAUCCAGGCCGGUGUCUUCAAUGACUUAUACUCUGGCACCGGCGUCGACCUCUGUGUCAUCACAAACAAAGAUACCGAAUACCUCCGUGGUUUUGACGUUUCUUGUGAGAAGGGCGUGCGUGCCGCUCGAUAUCUUCCAAAGUCCGGUAAGACAGAGGUACUGGACAGGCGUUUGCAGAAGGUCGAGUACGACGUUGUCACUACUCGUGUCAUUCGAGACGUCGUGGUGCCUGAACCAAUGGAAAUGUAG